UGGUUACAUUGUAUCAAUCUCUCGGCUUUGAGAGCUGCGAACAGCCAUUAAGAUUAUGUUAGAGAUUCACAGAAGGCAAAGCAAGAAAUCCUGAGGUAUGAAAAUCUCUUGAUUACUGGAAUUUUAUCCUCUCAAAACCUAAGGUCACCCACUGCGUUUGGAAUUGGACUCGGAACUGAACGAGAAAUGCCCAAUGCAGCCGGUAUUUUCCAAUUUUCAACGGGAUCUCAACGUGUGAUGGCUGCGGUCCAGUAAAUUGGCCUUUCCGCUCCCCGGACCUUGCCUCUUUGGAUUUGUGCGGAGCACGUUGAUUGAUUUGUCUGUGUAAUCCAGCAAUCUGAGGUUCGUCGUCCCCCCCGUCCCCCCCUCCCCCCCGAAUGUACCUUUACCAUUAGGAUCUAUGGAGUGCACAUAGACAUCCGUGGGAUCGGGGACUACAAGUGGGGGCAAAAAUGUGGUCAUUUGGGAAGGGGAAACCAAGACGACCCUGAGGCUACUGCAUUCCUCACGGGCCCAGUCGUCUGAGGAGGUCAGACCACCCUGUGGCGCGCUUGGGCCGUUGGCAGUAAGAUGUCCCUAAGUGGUGGCACUGCAGGCGGGAAAGGUGUGGACUCGAAUGCGGUGGACACUUACGACAGCGGAGAUGAAUGGGACAUUGGUGUUGGCAAUUUGAUAAUCGACCUUGACGCCGACCUAGAGAAGGACAAGCUCGAGAUGUCUGCCACUAAGGACGGUGGCGGAAUGACCGCGCCCCCCAGUGCUGUGGCGGCUCUGCCGGACAAUAUCAAAUUUGUAAGCCCCGUGCCCGCUCAGGGCAAAGAUGCCAAGUCUAAGUCAAAGCGUAACAAGAACACGAAGGAUACUAGCAAGUCCUCAGCCCCAGAUGGGGCCAAAAAGGAGGCCCAGGGACGGACCACAAACGAGGGGACAGGACCAGCCAUGGGCCCUGGAGCUUUGGCCAGUGCAGGCAAAGGCGCAGAUAAAAGUAGCAAGACUUCCCGUAAUGUUCCAAGUGGAAAAAAGGACAAGGAAGCGGGUUCUGGGAAAAGUAAAAAGGACAAAAGUGAAGGAGUAGCAACUGGAAAUGUAGCCACAGAAAAGGACAGUGUGGCUCCAGUUUUGACCUUAGGACCAUCCCGCAAUGCCCAGUUUGAAGGGAGGCAAAACGCAGACCUGCCUUGUUCUGAAUCAAUGGGGAAUAUUACCCUUGACACUGCUGGAAUAGUUUCGCCUUUGGCCAUUAAAAGUGAGCCUGAGGAGAUGGAUAAUAAUGACUGUAGGAACAUGAAGAAAGUAAAAAGUGAAAAGAUGGACUCGCCAGUCUCCACGCCAGCCCCUCCACCUCUUCACCUCCUCGCUCCGGUCGGCAGCACUGACAUCUCCUCCCCCUGCGAGCAGAUCAUGGUUCGCACGCGCUCAGUGGCCGUUAACACGGCAGAUGUGGCUCUUGCUACAGAGCCAGAAUGUCUAGGGCCCUGUGAGCCUGGCACCAGCGUCAACCUGGAAGGCAUUGUAUGGCAAGAAACUGAAGACGGUAUGCUGGUGGUGAAUGUCACCUGGAGGAAUAAGACCUAUGUGGGCACUCUUCUGGACUGCACACGACAUGACUGGGCACCUCCACGAUUUUGUGAGUCACCCACAAGUGAUCUGGAGAUGAGGAAUGGGCGGGGCAGAGGAAAAAGAAUGAGACCCAACAGCAACACUCCGGUUAAUGAGAACAGCAAUUCCUCUGACAACAAGGGCAGCAACAGCAGCAAGACCCGUGCAGCAUCCAACAGCAAGGGUCGACGGGGCAGUCAGAACUCUUCGGAGCGUCGCACUCCACCAAACAGCAACACGGAGGAUGUCAAGGCCAGCCCCUCAUCUGUAAACAAACGCAAGAGCAAGCCUGCCUCAGAUAUGGAGCCGAACUCCAGCUCUGAGGACACCAAAGGCAGCAAGCGCAUGCGCACCAACUCAAACAGCGGAAUGCCUCAUGCUGUUCUACCCAUCCCCACUAUCAAAGCCGAGCCCUUGCCCCCUUCCAUAGACCGCAGUUGCUCUUCCCCAGUGCUCAUCGACUGUCCCCAUCCCAACUGUAACAAGAAAUACAAGCACAUAAAUGGCCUGAAAUACCACCAGGCUCGCGCCCAUAAUGAUGAUGACAUCAAACUGGACAUGGAUGGAGACAGUGAAUAUGGGGAGGAUUCUACUCUGCAUCCAGAAGCAGGCAGUUGUAAUGGGGCCUCAAUCUCUCAGAAGGGCUCUGUUUCUCCAGCCCGAUCUGUGACCCCGAAAGGCAGGGGGUUUGAGGCCCAGAGCCCUUCACCAUCGGGCAAAUAUGCCUCCAAACAGUCUAGCAAAAAGAAACUGGAAGCUGACCAUGAUUCUGCAGUGCACUUGGAUGGCUGUGAAGAUGGCCCUUGUCUUACAGAUGAGGCUAGCAAUGAUGGUCUUGAUGAUAAGAAAGGUUUGGACAAGGCUAAGAAGUCUGGUAGUGGUUCUAAAGCAGAUAAGCUCUCUCAGAAGGGUGUUAAGUCUGCAAGACCCAUUGUACCUUCCAUACCACCACAGCAGCUCUAUAGCUUGCAAGCAUCAAGUUUCCCCGCACCUAACUCUAGUUCCUCUAUGGGCAUGAACACAGUGGUGCAGUCCAUUCCCAAAAGCCCACAGCUAAAAGCAAUCCAGCCUAAACCUGUAGGAAUGGGCGACCCUUCCAUGAACCCAGCCCUGAGUGGCUCCAAAGACAAGAAGAAAAAAGACAAGAAAAAGAAAGAAUGUGGAAAGGAGGGUGACAGUCCUAAAGCCCCUGGAAAGGGAGGGAAGUCGGAGGAAGGAAAAAGCCCUUAUUCUGAGUCCUCAGACCCAGGGAGCAAAAGUGACAUCCUUCUAAAUGGAUCAGCAGAUCCCCACCAGAGCCGCUUGGCCAGUAUCAAGGCUGAAGCUGACAAAAUCUACAGCUUCACUGACAAUGCUCCCAGUCCAUCUAUUGGUGUAGCUAGCCGGAUGGACAGUGGCGGUAUGGCCCAACCCCUCACCCCGCUGCAUGUAGUAACCCAAAAUGGGGCAGAUAACUCUUCAGUAAAGACCAACAGCCCAGCAUACUCUGACAUUUCAGAUGCAGGUGAAGACGGAGAGGGCAAAGUGGAAGGCAUGAAGGUCAAGUCUGAGGACCAGGCUCCCAGAGAAGGGGCCAAGAAGGCGUUAUUCCCAACCCAGCCUCCAAACAAAGAAUCCCCCUACUAUCCCAACUAUGAGACAUACUACUCACCCAAUUACGCCAACCCAAACCCCAGCCCAGGGGUCUCAAGUAGUGGUGUACCUUUACAAGACAGUGUUGUGAAGAUAAAGAAAGAAGAAGAGCCAGACGCAGGGGAAGAAAAGGGCAAAUCGGAGCUGUCUGAAGAUCGCAAGUCAGACAUUAGCACUUCUAGUCAGCAGCAGCAGCAUCAGCAGCAGCAGCAGCAGCAUCAGCAGCAGCCCUCUGUAAUCCAGCAACGCUCCAAUAUGUACAUGCAGCCACUCUACUACAACCAGUAUGCCUACGUGCCCCCUUAUGGCUACUCUGCAGACCAGGCUUAUCAUAAUCACCUGAUGAACACUAACCCUGCCUACAGGCAGCAGUGCGAGGAGCGGCAACGGCAAGCUGCUGAGCAGCACAGGGCAGCAGAGAAGAAGUCUGAGGCUAUUCAGAAGGAAAGGGAGGCCUCCAUGAAGUCCGAAGAGUGGAAGCAGAAAGCCUCGGUUCCCCCAACCCUGUCCAAAGCUCCAAGUCUCUCUGAUCUGGGAAAGCCCUCACAGAACAAGGCCAAAGAGUCAAGCUUAGAGACGGUCAAAUCCGUCAUCAUACCGAAAGGGGAAGAUGGGAAACCCCCAAGCCAGCGGGAAGAGGGUCUGAAGAUAAAGCUGAGUGAAGCUGGACACCAUGCAAAAGAGGAGCAGAAGUCAAGUAUUGAAUCCGGAAGGCCAUCUGCCAUGGAGCAGGCCAUGUAUAUGUACAGACAGGAGGCUGAUUCUCGACUGUGGCCCUAUGUUUACCCCAGCAAAUAUCCUGAAGCUCAGAAGCAGCUAGAUGACGAGAGGUGGAAAGAGGAACGAGAGCGGGAUCGAGACAGAGACCGGGACAGGGAUCGAGACCGUGACAGGGAGAGAGAUCGAGAAAGGGAGCGAGACAGGAAAGGUAAAGAGGAGAGGACCCGUCCCAAAGAUGUUCCUAAAGAAGAUGGUAAAGAGAGUGCUGAGCCACGAACAUCAACAGCCUCUGAGGAGCACAGGGGACUUAGUAAAGACCCCAGAGCUCACAUGCAGUUCUCCGCAGCUCUGCCUCAACACCAGUCCUACAUGCCUUACAUGCAUGGAUACCCCUAUGGUCAGGGUUAUGACCCCAGUCACCCAGGGUACAGGGGGAUGCCCUCAGUCAUGAUGCAGAACUACCCAGGGUCCUACCUCUCUGCCGGCUACUCAUUUUCACCGUAUGGCAGCAAGAUUCCCCCAGGCGAGGAGGGAGAGAAAGCCCGCGCCAGUCCCACGGUGACUGGCAAAUCGGCUUCUGAGUCCAAAGCCCUGGAUAUCCUGCAUCAGCACGCCAGCCAGUAUAAGAGCAAAUCGCCCACAGUGGGUGAGAAGAGCCAUGAGCGAGAAAGAAGUGGAGCCGAGAGGGAGCGAGACGGUGACCGGCCGCGCUCCUCGCCCUCGCAGAGAAUCAUGCCUUCCCAUCACCACUUGGGAUACCCUCUUCUCUCUGGACAGUAUGAUUUGUCUUAUGCUGCAGGUCUCUCCUCAUCAGCCAUUGUUGCCAGUCAGCAGACCUCGGCUCCUUCCCUCUAUCCGCCUGCACGGAGGUGAGAAUGGCGAACUUGACUGUGUCAAGGCUGUUCCCUUCCUUUCCUUUGUCCAGCAGGGAAAAGGUGACUAGAGGACCUCAGUUUUGCCUGCAGCCAUGUGAUCAGAUCACAUAAGGAAAGUGUGUGGAGUUUAUGACAUCAGUUCAAUGGUGAAUUUUUGUUUUUUCU